AUAUUUUCACUCAACACUUCUACCGGUGAGUUACGAACACAGCAUUCCUUAGACAGAGAACAGACUCCACUACAUCGCGACCAUCACCGUCUCGUCAUAAUCGCAAAGGAUGGGGGAAAACCGUCGAGGAGCUCCAGUUUGCUUGUCUUCGUCAGGCUGCUCGAUACGAAUGAUAAUUAUCCUCGGAUGCAUUUGCUUGAUUACGGCUCCCAACCGAUAUACAAUCAACCGACCGUUACACACCAGCUGACAGAACAGAGCGCAAAACUGUGGUCCGACUCGACAUCGCUUUCUGAGGAUCAGUGGACAUCGCUUCCGGUAAAUUUUGACCUGAUAGGAAUUCAGGAACCGGAAAAAGUCAUCGCAUCAUUGGUCGUGGACGAUUUGGACUUGAAAGAAAACGGAACUGUCUCCUGUCAGUUGGACCGACAACUGGUUCGCCUGAAACAAGCAGGAGAAGGCCGUUUGGUGGAAAAGGCUGUUGCCCGAUUAAAGCCAUUACUGGGAAAGUACGGUCGAAUCUUAGUUGAGAAGCGUAGCAAUCGAUGGAUGCACACCAGUCCAAUGUUACAACGUCCCGCGGUUGAAAGCGACAGGAUGUCUAUAUGGAAUGACACGCAGGCAAAGGCAUAUGUCAUUGAGACAAUACAGAUUUCUAAUAAUAGCAGACGCAUGCGAAUCUGUUACGCCCAUUCGAUGCACACACACACACAAAAGUUCUUUUCAACUUUACAGCGAUUAGUUCCUUCGUCCAUCUCGCAUCUCUAUCUACGAAUUCGUUGUCAUGACUACGGCAAUCCAAGGUUAGCCAGUGAAAGGACACUGCAUCUUCGAUUGUGGGCGGAAGAAGAUAUCAAACCCAGAUUCAAUGAACUGGAGAUAUUGAGUGAUGCCAUCACUCCACACUGUGGUACCGGUUUGGUACCGGCGAACGGAGGCAAAAUCCGACCUCAAAACGACAAAGGCUCAUCUAAUUUCGGAGAUGGAGCUGUCCAAACCGCAUGCUUGACAGUAUCGUACGCGGUUGAACCAGGAACUGCGCUGUUUCGUGUGGAUGCUGAUAGCCCCAAGCUAUCAAACCCCAACUACGUCAUUCACUAUCGGAUCGUGAACGACAAUACAAGUAAGUCUACCGUUUGA